UCAUGCGUGUAACAUUUGUGCAUUAGAAGAAGCGGAUGAAUGAAUGAAUGAAGAAACGAGCAAUAGACGCGUAAGAAGAGAUAAAACGCAAAAAGUGAAUAUACAAACUACCGAAAAAGCAUAGAAAAUACUACGGAAUUGAGGUUACAAAGAGAAGAAAACAAUAAAAUUUAAAAUCAUUAAAAACAAAAUACCUACUACAGACACCAAAGCAUGGCAGAUAAUCUCAAUGCAACGGGCGACUCCGAAACUAGUGAAAUAUCCGCACCUAAUCCAGACUCUCAAGGUGAAACAACACAUUCGGAUAAUAGUGCUUCGCUUAACCGAAGUGGUCCCAAAUUACGUCCUGAAGAUAUUUCGCCACAUGAAACUCAAGGUGUUCGAUAUGGAAAAUGCAAAUGGUUCAAUGUGGCUAAAGGAUGGGGAUUUCUUACUCCGAAUGAUGGAGGUCACGAAGUUUUUGUACAUCAGAGCAUUAUACAAAUGUCGGGAUUUCGAUCACUGGGUGAACAAGAGGAUGUGGAAUUUGAAUGUCGCUUAACAGAGAGAGGUUUAGAAGCAUUUCGCGUUUCAGGAAAACAAGGCAUUGAUUGUCAUGGAAGCACUUUUCGCCCUCGUUCUAAGAAACGUCAUCGUCGGGUACGUUGUUAUAACUGUGGAGAGUUUGCCAAUCACAUUGCCUCCAAAUGUCAUUUAGGACCUCAACCCAAAAGGUGUCAUCUAUGCAAGCAGGAUGAUCAUUUGUUUGCCAAUUGUCCAAACAAAAAGAAUCCAAGUUCAGAUAGUAAAUCUGAAGAUGUUCCCUUUGAUGAAACUGCAGUCGAAGAAUCCCAAGAACCACCAAACGAAAAUAGUUAACAUAAAGCCCUAACAUAAAUGGGACUUUGAAUGGAUGAUCACUAAUAAAAGUACAAAUUUCGGUCCUUGCCGUCCGAUAGCAUGUACCAGAGGCUA